GGCCGCUGAUGGCGACGCCGCCGACGCCGCCGACGCCGUGUGCCCGAGGCGCUCCCGCCGCCGUCUGAAGCGCUCCCGCCGCCCCCGCGCCCGCCGCCAUGACCGAGGAGCCGUACGAGAAGUUCCUGACCCCCGAGGAGCCGUGCCCGCUGCUCUCGCACCAGCACCCGGCGCGGGGCGGCAGCUUGAGCCUGAGCGAGGAGGGCUGCCUGGACGUCAGCGAUUUCGGCUGCCAGCUCUCCUCCUGCCACCGCACCGACCCUUUGCACCGCUUCCACUCCAACAGGUGGAACUUGACAUCUUGUGGGACGAGCGUGGCCAGCUCGGAGUGCAGCGAGGAGCUGUUCUCUUCUGUGUCCGUGGGGGAUCAGGAUGAUUGCUACUCUCUGCUGGAUGACCAGGAGUUCACCUCUUUUGAUCUGUUCCCCGAGGGCAGUGUCUGCAGUGAUGUCUCCUCUUCUAUCAGCACUUACUGGGAUUGGUCAGACAGUGAGUUUGAGUGGCAGUUGCCUGGCAGCGACAUUGCAAGUGGGAGUGAUGUGCUUUCUGAUGUUAUACCGAGUAUUCCAAGCUCUCCCUGUCUGCUUCCCAAAAAGAAAAACAAGCACAGGAAUCUUGAUGAGCUUCCAUGGAGUGCAAUGACAAAUGAUGAACAGGUUGAAUAUAUUGAAUAUUUGAGUCGCAAAGUCAGUACAGAGAUGGGCCUUCGAGAGCAACUUGAUAUUAUUAAAAUUAUUGAUCCUACUGCUCAGAUCUCACCUACAGAUAGUGAAUUCAUUAUUGAAUUGAACUGUCUCACAGAUGAAAAGCUGAAACAGGUGAGAAACUAUAUCAAGGAACACGGGCCUCGGCAGCGGUCUGCGAGGGAGAGCUGGAAAAAGAGCAGCUACAGCUGUGCAAGUACCAGCGGUGUGAGUGGUGCCAGUGCCAGCAGCAGCAGUGCCAGCAUGGUCAGCUCAGCCAGCAGCAGCGGCUCCAGCGUUGCCAACUCCGCCUCAAACUCCAGUGCCAACAUGAGUCGAGCGCACAGCGACAGCAAUUUGUCCACAAGUGCUGCAGAAAGAAUCCGGGAUUCAAAAAAACGUUCCAAGCAACGGAAACUGCAGCAAAAGGCCUUACGGAAGAGACAGCUGAAAGAGCAGAGACAAGCUCGUAAGGAAAGACUGAGUGGAUUAUUUCUUAACGAGGAAGUGCUGUCUUUAAAAGUGACUGAGGAGGACCAUGAAGGAGAUGUGGAUGUUUUAAUGUGACAGGGAUGAAUUUGUCAGUGUUCUUUCUAAGCCUUAAAUGUAUUAUCCUUAUUGUUUACAUAUAUUUCUUGACCAAAUUUUGAUUAGUAUUAACAAUACAAACCAGAUCUUUUCUCAAAUGUAAUUUUGCUAAGAAGGUCUAAGUAUUGAGUAACUUCAGCUUUUUGAGACUAAUUUUGCAACAAAGAAUUCAGAAACUUACCUGUCUUCUGAAAAGCUGCUGAAUUAGGUGUGAUUUUAAGGAAAUUUGAACUUGGCUAACAUGCUAGCUUACUUGCAUGUAAGUCUAGGGGUACUUUUGGAUGACACAAAGCAUGCAUUACUAUGCUUCAGCUUUUUUAGUUUUUUCUCCAGCUUUGAGUUAGUAUUACACUUGACUUUUUCUGUUCUCCUUUCCCAUUAUUAGGGAGAUUGGUUAGCAUGAGGAAAAAUCUUUUGCUCUAUGGGGCUUUCUUCAGCCUUGCUCUUGGUUUGUACAAAAUCAAAGUACUGUUGAUACUUUCCUAAAAGUUGUGAUUUAAAUUAAACUACACAGAAAACAAGAAGCAGGACGUCUAACACAGAGAAUCUGUAAUACAAAUACUGCCUAAUAAUGUAGUUCUUAGGAACCAACUAAAAAUUAAAAAAACCCUCAAAAUAAUUGCAGACUUAGUCUUCAGAAGGUUAUUUUGUUGCUCAGUAUCUUACGAUUGUUACUAGUGGUUCAUCAGUACAACCCUAGUAUUUCUGUGAAAAGAGUCCAAUAAAAACACAUUUAUGCAUUGAAAAGACACUAACCUGCAAUUAAGUUGUCUAGGACACUACUUGAAAUAAUUCAAAACACUACUGGAAACAGAAGUGCAAACAAGUGGCACACAACUUCAGUGGUUUUCUUCCCCAGAAGCAUAUCUAAAUAUAUUUGAUUCAUAUUGUUGACAGGAGAACUUAAUUAAUGCAGCUGUACUUUUUAAAUUGUAUGUUUAGCUGAGGUUGUCUUCUAUGUGGGUCGUUACACCGUGGCAUGUAUCAGAAUUCUCCUUUUGUUGUCUAUCAGCUUUUGAAAUUUCUCAUGAUAAGAAAAUUAGGUAAAAUUGUGGCUUUCGGGUAGGGAAGUAGUAGUAGUUUCAACCUUUUUCUUAAUUCUGACAAUCUUUAAGCUGAUUUUAGUCUUUAUCUUGGAACUACUUUUGUAGAACUCCUUCCCCUAUGGCUGAGAUAAAAAUGAUAGUUCUAAAUUUUAAUGUGAAGUUUAACAGUGUAUAAAAGUAAUUUUGAGUUCUGCGUUUAGGGAAUAAUUUUUUAUUAUGUUGAUGCUUCUUUACUUUAAUUUUGCUCUUGAAUUAAGGAGUUUGACAGUUUAGUGUGGCCACAGGUGUCUGUAAUUGCAGGAUGUAGCCCAAUCCUGCAGAAUGCAUGGUCAGCUUUAGGACUACUGACAUUAAUGUUCCAUGUCCUGCACAGACUUGUUAGCCCUGACAACUGAAAUAUUUUUCUUUCAGAAGUGGCAUUCCUUUUAGCCUCAAAAUAAACUGACCUGUAAAUUAUCUGAACAAUGGCCACUGAAAGGGUUUUGAUAAGAAAUAAAUGGGGUCCAUAGUCAAACCAGUAUGUUUGAACUUAGUGCUGCUCUACAACAGGUCCCCAGGCUUGGCCACUGACUGACUAAAAGCCAGGUAAUGUCAUUUUAAGCUCAAGUUAGCUAUCCCAUGUGGCCAGUUAUCUGUCCACUAACCACAAGUGUCUGUGACCUGUCAGUAUUUGCUUGUACUGUGCUGUUGCUGAUUGAUGCCUCCCUCCUGUAUAAUCAAUACUGAAAACUUCUUAACAGUAUACACUUUACUGAGAAUUUAGAUUGACUUAAAUCUGGAGCUUCUUUUAAAUAUCUUAUAUGGAAGAUAAAAUUCAAUUGCUAUCAACUUGGCUAAUUUCAAGGUGUGGUUGUUAAACUCUUCCAUGGUAAUGGAUGAAUUCAUAAUGAAAUACUUCACCAUGUGUACACUGUCACAGUUCAGUACAACCUUUAUUUUCUGCAGUGACUUUGAAAUAGGAUUGAAUUUUUUUUCUGAAGAAAAAUGCACACUUUGGACUGUAGAGAAUUGAAACUCUGAAGUGAAUUGUAAGGAAGGUGCAAUAUCUCAGUGUGGUGGAGCAUGAAAGUGUGUUCACUUUAUUCUGUUUCAGCAGUUAUUCAGAGUUUAAAAUACCCCUCAGGGUUUUGUUGAGAGAAGACCCCAUCAUUUUGAUGAGGUUACAGUUCAUUCUGGGCCUGUCUGCUAACUUCCAGAGAUCCUGAAGUGAGGGAGGAUAGUAUUUCCAUCAUAGUGUGAGCAUGUAAGUAUAAAUUAUUCGAAGUGAUUAGAUGGGUCCAGUUGCUCAUCUGUUACAUUGGACAAAAAGAUCCUGGGUGCCAGAAUAGCUGAUUGUGCUGUAUUGUCUCCAGCAGGUACUUCAGUCAUGUGUGUAGCAGUAAAAAUGAUAGAAGAGAGUGGAUUUCCAGGGAUUCCAUGCUAAUAAUUUAUAGCUCUGUGAUCUCAUAGAUCCAGGAUGCUCAUAAGAAUACAAAGAAUACAAAACUCUGAAUGUUCUGGUAAGAAUGCAGAAUAACAUCUUGCUUACCUUGAAUGUUCUUUGCCAAGUACUCAGAGAUAUGAUGUUGUCUUUCCCUGAUCUCAGAGAAUCAGGCCUGAAGUGACUGUGGGAUUCAGGAGUUCCCAUAUACUUCUACACAUUUGAGGUUUUUUUCCUUUUGCUUUCUCAUCCUCUGUAGUUCCAGUGACACACUCAUUUUGUGGUGGGGGAAGGUUUUUUGUCAGAUUCAUGUUUUCCCCUGCAGCAUGCUCAACGUUUACUCAGGAAGACCCCGUCCAUAGUGGUUUUAAAAGACAUGUAAAUGUGGCACUUAGACAUGGUUUAGUGGUGGGCUUGGCAGUGUUAGAUUUGGGGUUUAUGAUCCUAAAAGGACUUUUCCAAUCUAAAUCUAUUAAUUUCUGUGAAAUACCCAUGGUAGUAGUCAAGAAGUUGAAAUGUCAGUGAAAUAUAGUCUUGCUGAUACAAGUUAUGGCCUUUGUGGCUAUAGGUGUAACUACUGGGUUCUGAUGAAGAAUAAUAACAGACUGCUAAAUGCAUCCUUCUUGAGUUUUUUUCUUAAAAAAAUAAAUCAAAACCCUGCUUUUUAUUAAAAAAGAAAAAAUGUCAAGUUUAAAAGCAACACAGAGACACACAGGAAAGAGCUCAUAGUUACAUGGUUUCAUGGUACUGAAACUGUGUCUGUGGGAACUUUGUACCCACUGCAACGUGGAUAUAAACAGUUUACACUCUGUAAUGAUAACAGUUUGCUUCCAUGAUAACUUUUUCUCUAAAAAGGCUUAGAAGGAGCACUGAAAGUCUGAUUGCAAUAGGACUGUAAACAAGAGAGAACAUUAUUUUCUAAUAUGAUUUUAAAUAUGAGGAAGAAAGCUGUCUGACAAACUUGGCUGAUUUCUAUGUAUCUAAUGUCAUCUUUUGUUAAAAUACCUAUUUUUUUUUUUAAUCUGGGAAGCUGAUAAAAAGAUGGUUACAAUGUGCUCAGUAUGGGGCGCUUACUUGGAAGACCAGGAAAAGUCUUUACAAGACUUUUCUGGGCUCAAAUUUUAGUUCUCAUAUUGUGGUUUGAAACCUGUGAAGAUCAUUCUCUGGGGAGAAAGCAAACCAACCAACCUGCUUGACCUUACUUACAUGCUUUGUCAUCAGAGUGCAUAUACAAUAGAGAAAGAUAAAAAUGGCAAUAUUUACUGUUUAUCUAUGCUGAAUGGCCUGAAGCCAUUUCUUUUCUCCUAACACUCUUUCAACUUUGAAAUCAGUUGAUGCAUUGGUCUAUAAUUUUAAUAAACCUGACUGUUUUGGGAGCUUUUAAAGUUCAUUCAUAUAAACCAGAUUUUCAUGGCAAAUGUUGUUAGAUUUAUUGUUUAAUUUUCUUAAGCUUACUGAUCUUGCAGUUCUUGGGCACAGAAAAGUCAACAGUUGUCCAUUUAAGGAUUGCAAAGAUUAAUUUAUUAAUCUAUCAAGAGCAAAUCUCUGUAAUAUUCAAAGUUUGUCUAUUUUGACUGUUAACUCUGAUGAAUCAUAUUUGCAUUCUCUCUCAUCUGGCUAACUUUAAAACAUUUUCAAAUUACAAAUAAAUUUUCUAAUGUAAAAAAAGAGUAAAAUUGUAAUAUGGAAGCCUUGAAUAUAGUUAAUAACCAAAGCAAGGGGAAGGUGGGGGGGUUGAUUUUUUUUUUCUUUUUGUUGGGGGGAGAGAGAGGAGGGUAUAGAUUAGAGUAUAUGGUAUUGCUUAAAUUGAGGGGGUUUUUUUUCCAGGUUCUCUGCUAAUUGUAUUGCUAAAAUGCACUUUUGUAUAGAAAACCGUUCUCUGUACAUUCUGUAUCUACUUUACAUAAUGUUUAUAGAGAUUUUUCUGAAGUUGUGAAGGAUUUACUGAAAGCUCUGAUGCUGUUGAAUUUAAGUUUUCAUUGUAUUUGAAAAUAGUUAUGUGCAUAUUGAAGUACAGGUUGGAAUUAAAAUUAAUGAUAUAGCAAAGAUA